AUGUCCAUCAUCCGGGACGACUGGAUCCAGCAGCAACUGCUGCUGCGACAGGCCGCGUACACCGAGUUCCGCUCCACUCGCGUCGUCACGGGCACGUGGAACGUCAAUGCCAAGAAGCCGCUGACGGCGGCCGACGCCUCGAAGCUCGCGCAGUGGCUCCAGUCACGACCCACUGGCAAACGACAGCCGCCGCCGCCGCCACCGGACCUCAUCGCGCUCGGCCUGCAGGAGAUCGUGGACCUCAAUGCUGUCAACGUCGUGGUGAACAGCACGUUGACCGUGCAGCGGAGCGCCGCGUGGAAAGACGCGGUGCUCUUUGCACUGAACCACGACGCCACUGGACCUGACAAAGCCGCGCGGGCGCCUGUGCAGUACCGCGUCGUGCUGGAGAAACACCUCGUGGGGAUUCUGCUGCUCGUGUUUGUGCGGGCUGAUCAUGUCGCGCACGUGCAGGAGGUGAAAGGCGCGACGGCGGGGGUCGGGAUCAUGGGCGUCAUGGGCAAUAAAGGCGGAGCGGCCGUGCGCCUCAAGUUUUACAGCAGCACACUCUGCUUUGUAUGUGCGCACUUGGCUGCCCACCGAGAGAACGUCGCCGGGAGGAAUGCUGACUACCUCAACAUACUGAGCAAAGUGGACUUUGGUGAAAACGCGCCAGAGGAAGCAGCUGCCUCGGUGCAAGAUAUGAGGUUCUGGAGUGGUGCGCCGUCGAUCUUGACCCAUGAUUUCGUCUUCUGGCUCGGGGAUCUGAACUACCGCAUACAGGAGACGUUGACAACAGAAGAGGUCUUUCGUCUCGUUGAAAGCGGCAGGUCUCUGCUCGAGCUCGUGCAGCAUGACCAACUUACGAUUGAGCGGCAGCGAGGGAACGUGCUGAAAGGUUUCGAAGAAGGGGCUCUGACGUUCCCUCCCACGUACAAGUUUCAAGCUGGGACGUCUAAGUAUGAACGACGGCCUGAAAAAAAGUUUCGGGCUCCGGCUUGGUGUGAUCGUAUUCUAUGGAGGGCAAAGAAUCCGUCAGAUGUAAAGCUUAUCAGCUACGAUUCGGUCCCUGCACUCGAAAUGUCGGACCACAAGCCUGUCCAUGCAUUUUUUGACGUGCAGGUGAAGUACCAAGUAGAGUCCAAGAGAAAUGACGUGAUGCGUGACAUCAUGAUGCAGCUGGAUAAAUGGGAGAACGACAACAUGCCAAAGGUCCGCCUACUUCAAGAAGAUGGUGAUACCACGAGUAGCGGUGUGUAUUUGUUUCCGCAGCUAAAGUUUGGCGUCGAGCAGCGCAAGAAAGUGAUUGUUGAGAACACAGGACUCGUUGUGACGCACUUCCGGUUCAUUCCGAAACUAGAGGAUGUGGCCGUAUGCAAGUCCUGGCUAAGUGUUACGCCUAUGUUUGGCAUGAUCCCGCCGAGAGAGAAGAUGGAAAUCUGCAUUACUGCUCUCGUGAACGAGGACGUUGCCCAUGGUCUCACCAGUGGCGUGGAAAGUUUGGAUGACACAAUGAUCUUGCGAGUCGAGAAUGGACGUGACUAUUUCUUGGUUGUCUCUGGACAAUACGCCAACUCUUGUUUCGGAAGCUCGAUCGAGCAGUUACUGGCGAGUUCGGAACCUAUCCGGGAUGUCGAGCUCACGACAUUACGCUCUCCUGCGGCAUCAGUGUUUAGCGUCUGGGUUGGUGGAGCAGCAGGUGUUAAUGCCAAUGCAUUGAUUCAUCCCGAGGCUUUUGAGGAAGCGCCAGGCCCUACACCAACAAGUACUUUACAAAAAGUGCCGAAGGAACUUUGGCGCAUGGUGAACGAUAUCUAUGAGAAUCACAUGCAGGAAAAGAACCUGUUUGUUGAGGCGGGUAAUAAGGUGGAGAUUGUGCAGCUGCGAGAAGCUCUAGACACGGGUGCAUCUUUUCCCAAACACAGUGGAUACUCCGCAGCAGAGUUGCUCGUGCGGUGGCUCCAAGCGUUGCGGCAAAGCGUAGUGCCGGACGAAGCACUGACGGUUGCAGUGACAAGCACGAACGGGAUCGUCGGACAAGGGUGUCGAGCAUUGCUUGAUACGUUGUCGCCCGAGCGCUACAAUAUCGUGGUAUACCUAAUCUCUUUCUUGCGCGAAGUGCUCAAACAUGGCGCCACAAACAAGCUUACGCCCGAGAAGCUGGCGUUUGUAUUCGGUCGUUGUCUUGUGUCACCGUGCAGACUUAGCGUGUCAAAGGAGUUGGUACACUCAAACGCGGGUCGCGUGUUGGCCGUAGAUGAGUACCAACCAGCUUCAACUUCGUCUACGGCUUCAACAGUCUCAAGCGUAGGUUCUAGCCAACUCGUCCCCGAAGAACGUCUACGACGGAACGCACACGAGCUUGAGGUCGCGCAAGCAGGUGCAGAUCAGCGAGCUGAAGGUAUGGAAACAUUUCUUCUCCACUUCCUGUCAUCGCCAUGA